UCGCCGUUGUCUGCGCUCCGCUCUGGACCAGUUUGGGGAAGUUGUCCGGGCCCCGCGUCGCCCAGAUGUGCGACCUCAUUGAGCCGCAGCCGGCCGAGAAGAUCGGCAAGAUGAAGAAGUUGCGGAGAACUUUGUCGGAGAGUUUCAGCCGCAUUGCUUUGAAGAAAGAUGAUACCACCUUUGAUGAGAUAUGUGUCACAAAGAUGUCCACACGGAACUGCCAGGGAAUGGAUUCGGUCAUCAAACACCUGGACACAAUUCCUGAGGAUAAAAAAGUCAAGGUUCAGAGAACACAGAGCACUUUUGACCCAUUUGAGAAACCAGCAAAUCAAGUAAAAAGGGUGCAUUCUGAGAAUAAUGCUUGCAUUAACUUUAAGACCUCCUCUGCUGGCAAAGAGUCCCCUAAAGUUAGGCGGCACUCCAGCCCCAGCUCGCCAACAAGUCCCAAAUUUGGAAAAGCUGACUCAUAUGAAAAAUUGGAAAAACUUGGGGAAGGAUCUUAUGCCACAGUAUACAAAGGGAAAAGCAAGGUAAAUGGGAAGCUGGUAGCUUUGAAGGUGAUCAGGCUGCAAGAGGAGGAAGGCACACCAUUCACGGCCAUUAGGGAAGCCUCUCUGUUGAAAGGACUAAAGCAUGCAAACAUCGUGCUACUUCAUGACAUCAUUCAUACCAAGGAAACACUGACACUUGUCUUUGAAUAUGUGCACACUGAUUUAUGUCAAUACAUGGACAAGCACCCUGGGGGACUCCAUCCAGAUAAUGUGAAGUUGUUUUUAUUUCAGUUGCUGCGAGGGCUGUCUUACAUCCACCAGCGUUAUAUUUUGCACAGAGACCUGAAACCACAGAACCUUCUGAUCAGUGACACGGGGGAGUUAAAGCUGGCAGAUUUCGGUCUUGCAAGAGCAAAAUCUGUCCCAAGCCACACAUACUCCAAUGAAGUGGUUACCUUGUGGUACAGACCACCAGAUGUCCUCCUGGGCUCCACAGAAUAUUCCACCUGCCUUGACAUGUGGGGAGUUGGCUGCAUUCUUGUUGAGAUGAUCCAAGGUGUUGCUGCCUUUCCAGGAGUGAAAGAUAUUCAAGACCAACUUGAACGAAUAUUUCUGGUUCUUGGAACACCAAAUGAGGACACGUGGCCUGGAGUUCACUCUUUACCACACUUUAAGCCAGAACGCUUUACCCUGUACAGCUCUAAAAACCUCAGACAAGCAUGGAAUAAGCUCGGCUAUGUGAAUCAUGCUGAGGAUCUGGCCUCCAAGCUCCUACAGUGUUCCCCAAAGAACAGACUAUCUGCACAGGCCGCCUUGAGCCAUGAGUAUUUCAGUGACCUGCCCCCACGGCUAUGGGAGCUUACUGACAUGUCUUCUAUUUUUACCGUCCCAAAUGUGAGAUUGCAACCUGAAGCUGGUGAAAGUAUGCGGGCCUUUGGGAAAAAUAAUAGUUACAGCAAAAGUCUAUCAAACAGCAAGCACUGACAAGCACAGCAUUCUCGAAGAGCACAGGAUUAAAUUGUCAUCAUUCAAGGAAGAAGAAAAACAUCCCUAAUGAAGUAGCCAGUAAUGCACAGGGCUGGUGGAUCAGUUUCCUCCUGCUCCCUGGGGUGGAUUUCACUUAUGAGAAAAUUGAAGCUGGCAAGACCCUGUUUUCUCUGCAAUUUAUUUAAAACCUUGCACGCAUUUGGAUACCUUGUGAUUUCCAAGAACUAUGUGAAGAUUAAGCUUUGCUUACUGUUACAUGGCAUGUAUUCUUUUCAGUCUUUUGCGUUUGAUUUCGUUUGAUUUCCCUCUGCAGCACAGCGUCUCUGUGAAGGUUUUUACGCUUUCACCAUCCAUGUCUUAAAGACAUUAAGACAACACAUUUGGUGUUCACACUUCUUCAAUAAUGUCUGUACUUGAAAACCACACAGUGGCAUAAAGAAAUGUGUUUUGUUUAAGAGCAGAACACGUUCUCCAACCACCAGGAAAGACAUGUUUGGUGUGAGCAAAUCCCUGUUCUCUGACUAGACAGUUUUGUCCCAGAAGGUGGGACCCUACCUGAGCUCACCUUUUGAGAACAUUUGCUGAUGUGUUUCCCCACCCUUGGAGAUAACCACACACUUAUAUAGGAUAUCAAAAUCUGCUUAGCAUUUUCAAGCCUCAUAGCACAACUGUUUCUGAAGAAGCAAAGAAACAAAUACCAAGCAAGCACUGAGAGCAAAGACAGGGGUCAAUGGCUUACUUUUCAACCUCUAGAAAUCAAGGUAACUUUUUACAUGUGUGUUCUGAGUCUCAUCAACAUUUAUUAUUUUUUCCAUCCACUCUAUUACUCUUAUUAUUUUUUAACUGGAAAAAAUACGAGGAAUAUCAUGUUUAAACUUGGGUGCAAAAAAGAAGUUAUAAUUUUGGAUGAGUUGGAUGAGUCCUAAAAGCAGCCUUACCCAAGUAAUGCUUAAAAAAUUUUAAAAAAUAUUUCAGAGUUAAACGUUUACUCAGUUACAACAAAACACUUUUGAAUUAAAGUGUUAAAUAAAAAUUCCAAGCUGGUUGGAAGCAUCUUGGGUACCUGAUUUUGAACAAGGCUCUUAGAAUAACUGCAUCACAAGUUUUAGAAACAAUGCCAGAAUUCUGCUGUAAUGAUGGAAACGGAAAGAAAAAUCCACCUUCCCUGGCUUUAAGGAACCCAAGUACCUUGGAAGAUGUGGGCAAGUCUGUGGCACUGGGAGAAAGGGCAUUGGCCUGCAUUGCACCUUGGACUGGAGGGAGCUGUCUGGAGCCAGUGACUCCCUCAGGAGUCCUCCCUGCAGAAACGCAGUAAUGCUGAAGCCAAGGGGUACUUAGGAAACCUCAUGUAAAACAUGACCUUUGCAUCGCUCAACACAAAUUCCCAUGGAAACACAUUUGUACACAUUGUUUUAUGUUUUACCCUUCUUCAGACAGAGGAGCAACUAUAAUCUUGAAAUGUGUCACGCAGCUUUAGGAUCAAGACUAGGAAUUAUGAUCCAGUUUGACAAGGGCUUUCUGAGAAUGGGGUGAGGGAAAAGCUUUUUAUGGUCAAAUCCAGUAUAGCCAGGAAAGUAGACCCAGGUUUUCUAAACUUUAAAACAGUACUCUCUCUGGAGCAGGUGGGGGCAUGUCAAGGCAGAGCCCAUCCUAUCCAGACAAGGUAUGCAUCACCAUCUCACAAGUACAAAACAAGAAAUUAUUUGUUUAUUGACUUUAAAGGAAGCAAAAGACACCCAAGGUGAAAAUUGUUACUCUUUCCUACCUAAAAAAUCAUUUUCAUUCCUCUUUCAUACAUUCCAUCUACUGGAAGGAAGGCUUUAAAGGUAUUUUGACUUAAAGCAUACUUGAACUGGUAUUUAUUAAAUAAGGGGAGAAAAUUUUUCAUGUACUUAGAAAUGGCCUUCCCUGUGAUUCAUGUGGUGUCAUUCAUUCAUUUGGGAGAAAGGUAUACUGCUCAUAUUUCAAUAGGUUUAAGUAAAGAGCUUGAUGAUUGAAUCUUACAAUUUAAUGGGGUUGCUAACUAGGAAGUUUGAUACAAUUUAAUGUCAAAAGGCCUCAAGUAAAAAUGUGAAGAAGGUGAGAGAGCCACACCUUUGUCAUAGAUAACUAGACAGCAUAUCUUGGCAACUAAGACAUAACACUGCUCAGUGUGGGGGGUGGCCAGUCUGUCUCAGGACAGACAUACCUAUGAGGUUAGAUAGUUUUAAGGUCCCCAUCCUUGACAACAACAAAGAGUAUCUGAAGAUUGUUCUCUCUCCCUCCUCCAUCCUUCUUUCCUUUAUCCCUUUCCAAUUUGUAGUCACAUUGUCUCUUUCUUACUUCCCUACAUUUCUCUCCUGCCCUCUCCAAGGGCAUCAUGAAAAUCAAUACAGACUGUUCAUUAACAGAUUAUUAUACUAUUAGAAAAGCACUGGAAUGCUUUAUGAGAUUAUUUUUAUAUGAAGGAAUAGCUUGAGUUAAGACAGCUGGUAAGAAUAGUAUGAACACCUUUGCAUGGUGAUUGUAUCAAGCCUACAUCAGUGCACACACAGUAUUAUGAAAGUAGGUAUGGGACUUAAUUUCCAUUUUCUUAAAGGAAAAGGUUGGUUUAGAAAUAAAGAUACAUAGGACAUGAAGAAAUAUUUUCUGUGCUCAUCAAAAGAAAAGAAAAAAAUUUAAAAAACAAAAGGCCAUAAGGCAGAGGCACCUGUGUACCUACCACACAAGGUAAAAAGCUAUUUCUAGUUCCCAAGAAUGACUAGAAAAAUUUCCAAGGGAGCCUUUGGACAUGUACAGAAAUCAGACCCUCUUAAUAUGUAUCAUUUCCUUGGUGUGUAUAUUGACAGCCAAUAUAAUGAGUACCCUAAGUAUGCAUCCAUAUAAGACACUCAUCUGCGAAUAUUAUUGGGCUUGCAAUCUUCGUUAUAUAAGAGGAUGUUUAGUCUGUACCUACUGGGGUAGAUUGUUGCCUGCCCCUGUACAUAGGAAUAUGCUGCAGAAUUGUGCAUAAUGUCCACCUCCUUUACUGGCUUGCAGACAGAGGAAACUGUAUGUUAGAAUUGUUGUUUCCUCAUAUACCAAAAUAAAACAUUUAAAUCAAAUAAAAUAAGCAAUUUCCUAUUCUCAUCUCCCUUUCGUGGCAGCAUAUGUUAGAGACACAUACAAAAUAUGUUCUUUGUUUGGUAGUGGAUGUUUUCAUAUUUUAUUUCUUUUUGUUUAUUAUGAUGCACUGAGAUGUGUGCUUUCUAAUGAGGUUGGUGCCUAUGAAAUGUGCUAGCAUCAUUCAGAAAAUCAUUAUACUUCAACAUGACACAUAGUAAGGAGAAUGGGAACACUACAUGUUGCAUAUUUGUAACCUGUCCGUAUUGUAAAGGAUGUAAUGGUUUGUCAGCUGUCACUGUUGUUUUCUUGUAACAUGAUAUGGAAUAAAGUAUAGAAGAAUCUCCA